GCACAGUGCAUCUCACUCUGCUCACUCUUCAAGAAAAAGUUCUGUUUUGCAAUUUCUUUGGCUUCAGUGCAGAUUUGUUUCAAAUUCAUGAAUGAGAAAGGAAGGCAGCUUUGCUUAUAGAGGAGAUUUUUUGGAGCUCUUUGGAGAGUGCUCUCCUUACGCAGGGAUGCCCAAAGCGUUUCGCUGUCUACCCUGCCGUUCAGACUGUUUCUUCUCUCCCUCUUUGUUCAGACUUUCCCCUCCGGAUCCCUUUGGCAUGCAAGGGUCAAGUCAGCAGGAUUUCUCUUCCACCAGAGUUCUCUUCAGCUGUGUUAUGAUCCUGUUCCUCUGUGCCACAACUGACCCAAAAGCUUCCCAGGCAAAACAAAAGGAUUAACUGUGAACUUUUCUCCCUUGGACAGACAACACUGAGACCACACUGAGACAGACAGCACUCAAAGUCAAUUAUGCUUUUGCCUCAUAUCGAAGAUUCAAACAUGCUUAUGAUGGAUGGAUGCCUGUAAUAUCCAGAAGACCAUGGAAGGAGAAAACCUAGUUAACUUCACCAGAAAUAACACUACAAAAGACAUCCACCUGGUCACUCACAGUCUUUGGGAGGUGAUUACCAUCGCGACUGUAUCUGCCAUUGUCAGCCUCAUCACCAUUGUGGGCAAUGUUCUUGUAAUGGUCUCCUUUAAAGUCAACAGUCAACUGAAGACAGUGAACAAUUACUACCUACUGAGUCUGGCAGCAGCAGACCUCAUCAUAGGGGUUUUUUCCAUGAAUUUGUACACCUCUUACAUCCUGAUGGGCUACUGGGCUUUAGGGGACCUGGCUUGUGAUUUGUGGUUAGCAGUGGAUUACGUAGCCAGUAAUGCCUCUGUCAUGAACUUGCUUGUGAUCAGUUUUGACAGAUAUUUUUCCAUUACUCGGCCUCUGACUUACAGGGCCAAACGGACUCCUAGACGAGCUGGGAUUAUGAUAGGUUUAGCUUGGUUGGUGUCUCUGAUUUUGUGGGCCCCACCUAUUCUUUGUUGGCAAUAUUUUGUUGGGAAAAGAACUGUUCCUGAAAGGCAAUGCCAAAUUCAGUUUUUUUCUGAGCCCGUUAUAACCUUCGGGACAGCAAUUGCGGCCUUUUAUAUUCCUGUGUCGAUUAUGACAAUCCUCUACUGUCGGAUCUAUAAGGAGACAGAGAAAAGGACAAAAGAUCUCGCAGAACUUCAGGGGGUUAAUUAUCAUUUGGACUCUGGUGAGGCACAGCCUCAGAAGGCUAUCAUAAGAUCAUGUUUUAGUUGUAAAUUAAGAUCAACUUCACAUGAUCAGAACCAAGCCUCAUGGUCAUCUUCCAGCAGGAGCCAUGCCAAAUCUACUGGAUCCACCAGUGAUGAGUGGUCCAAAGCUGGUCAAUUGACCACCUUCAAUAGCUACGCCUCUUCUGAGGAUGAGGACAGGCCAAUGUCUCCGGUGGGGCACAAGCCCUCCGUCAGGAAUCAGGCUUGCGAAGCAAACAGAAUCAUUGUGGGCAGUGAGAGUGAGCAGCUCAGCAGUUUUGAUGAUGACAGCUUCUUCCAGGCACGUCCCAAAAGCAGCUCUCAGAAGAGUAGCAAAUGUGUGUCCUACAAGUUUAAACCUGUGCCCAAAGAAGCUCACGUGGAACACCAGAGCAAAAACGGAAACACCAAGUUGGUGUCCUCAACAUUCUCCUCGGCUGAAUCUAUGAGCAUUCCCGCAACCUCCUCAGUGUCCAAGCCUACAGAUACAUCUCUGAAAAGCCAGAUCACCAAGAGAAAAAGGAUGGUCCUGAUCAAAGAGAGGAAGGCAGCUCAGACUCUCAGUGCUAUCUUACUAGCAUUUAUCCUUACAUGGACCCCUUACAACAUCAUGGUGUUGAUUUCCACUUUCUGCUCAGACUGUAUCCCACUCUCCCUCUGGCACCUGGGCUACUGGCUGUGCUAUGUCAACAGCACCGUUAACCCCAUGUGCUAUGCCCUGUGCAACAAGAACUUUCAAAAGACAUUCCGCAUGCUGCUGCUCUGCCAAUGGAAAAAGAAAAGGAUUGAAGAGAAGCUGUACUGGUAUGGACAGAACCCUGCAGUUAACUCCAAGCUCACAUGAUUGACUUU